AUGCCCCUUCAACUGACUCCUCUCCCGCGAGACGAAUGGGAGACAUACUUUCGCCUGGCAUGGACCGCUUUCAGCCCCGGCAUCAUGGAAGCAAUGGUGAGUCGGGACUCCAACCGGGGCAGUGCACCGCUGAGCCUUGACAGUAUCCCAAUGGAUACUCCGAUGAAGCUGUGCAACAGAGUCUUGCCGCUCUCAAGCGCAGGGCAGACCGGCAUCCCGAGCGAUACUGGCUCUUCAAGGUCGAAGACACAGACCUCCCUGAUGACGAUCAACUCGGCAAGGCGGUGGGUGUCAGCCAAUGGCAGAUUUUCCCGAAAGAGAAGACCGAUAAGGACGUGGAGAGGGAAGAGAAGGAAGGAGAUGCGGAUGAUCAACAAUUCCCAUCGCCACCUGGUCGAAACACCCGGCUUGGAGAUGCGUUCUCGAGUGCCAGCAAUGCAAAGAAGGAGGAAUAUCUGGGAAGAAGGCCGCAUGUCCUGUUGCAGGCGAUCGGAACAAGACCAGGCUUCGAGCGAAGAGGCGUGGCCGGCUUGAGUUUGGCGUGGGGCACACGGAGGGCGGACGAGAUGGGUCUGCCGGCAUAUCUCGAGGCGAGCGAUAAGGGCGUGGAAUUGUACAAGAGAUGGGGAUUUGAGGCGGUGGGACCCUUGCCCUUCGAUGCGACGGAGUACGGCUACUCUGAUCCCUUGAGGCACACGUGUAUGCUGAGACCGUCGGGGAUCAACAAUGGCAGCUAG